AUGUCUUCUUUAAAAGAUGAAGUGCCCACCGAGACUUCAGAAGACUUUGGUUUCAAGUUCUUAGGUCAAAAACAAAUUUUGCCUUCCUUUAACGAAAAGUUGCCAUUUGCAUCGUUACAGAACCUCGAUAUCUCAAACCGUUAUUCUUUAUUCAUUGCUGCUUCUGGUAAUAAGGUGGUAGUCGGUGAUUUGCAAUUGCUAAGAGAUCAUAUCACUUCUGACUCUACUCCUUUAACGUUCAAAUGGGAGAAAGAAAUCCCAGGUGUAAUAUUUGUAUGUUUCUGUGAUGAUCAGGCUCUGGUAGCAACAGAAAGUACAUUAUACUCAAUAGAUUUGGACGCUUUCAGCGAAUUCCAAACAGCCUUUUCUUUUGAGAGCCCAGCUUCUCAAUUAAAAUAUAUUAACAACACUUUAAUGAUUUUAAAUUCAAAUAAUGAUUUAACAGCACUAGAUUUAGGAACAAAAUCAACUAAUCAAUUGGUACAAAAUGUAUCUUCUUUUGAUGUAGCAGGGACACAAUUGAUUGUUUUACAAAAGGAUAGAAGGUUUCAAAGUUUCAUGUGGCGAAAUGGCACGCUGGGUAAGAAAUUCGAGUUCUCUAUACCGUCAGAGUUGGAGGAGUUCUCAAUAGAAGAAUACGCUCCUUUGAAUAUCACUAUACUUUCUCCACAGAUUUUUUUUGCUGUAUUUGGUAACACCGUUGCAGAGACUGAUGAAGAGGUUUCGUACGAUCAAAAAAUGUUUAUUAUAAAGUACAUGGAUGGCAACGCCUUAUUCCAAGAAACUUUUGAUAUUACACCUCCAUUUGGUGAAAUCGUAAGAUUUCCGUAUGUAUACAAAGUCACUUUAUCAGGUUUGAUCAAGCCUGCGGUAAACGUAAAUAUACUUGCAUCAUCAUGUUCAAGUGAAGUAAGUAUAUGGGAUUCAGAAGAAGUUAUCGAACCUUCUCAGGAUGCUGAGCGAGCAGUACUACCCAUCAGUGAGGAAACAGAUAGGGACACUAAUCCAAUAGGUGUGGCAGUCGAUAUCGCCACUUUAGGCACUAUUUCAGAACCAUGUUCUGGUGUUGAUACAAUAGAAAAAUUACCGCUCAUUUACAUACUGAAUAACGAAGGUAGUUUACAGAUAGUAGGACUGUUUCACGUGGCAGCAAUUAAAGGCGGUUAUUAUAGUAUUAAUAUUGAUUCUCUAGAAAAUGAAAGAUCCCGCUCUCCUGCACCAGAAAAAAUCACUGUUGUUGAGCAGGGAAAAGAAGAAGAAAAGAAGGAGCAAGAAAAAGAGAAAGAUAUUCAAUUAAACAAUUCUUCACCGGACAAUCCGUUUGUAUCAACAAAUACAUCGGGUUUCAGUUUUCUCAAGAAACAGCCAACGACUGUCAGCAAUUUGCAAUCCCAAAGUUCUUCGGCCUUUGGUGCCCCUUCAUUUGGAUCAUUGCCGUUUUCAUUUGACUCGUCAUCAACGCCAUCUGUUAAAUCCGGUACAGCACCCACAAACCAAAAUACUACAGGUGCUUCUUUUGCUAAACCAGUGUUUGGUAAACCUGCAUUCGGAACUGUUUCCAAAGAAACAUCAACCUCUGGAUCUGCCUUUGGUAAACCUGCAUUCGGAACUGUUUCCAAGGAAACAUCAACCUCCGGAUCUGCCUUUGGUAAACCCUCUUUUGGUACACCUUCAUUUGGUUCUGGAAUUUCAGCUGAUCAACCAUCUAGCUCUGGUUCUGCCUUUGGUAAACCUUCUUUUGGUAAACCUUCUUUUGGCACUCCUUCAUUUGGCAAUCCUUCAUCCGACUCUGAAAAAGUGUUUGCAGAGCCAUCUACUCCUAGCUCUGCCUUUGGUAAACCCUCUUUUGGUACAUCUGCAUUCGGAACUGCUUCCAGUGAUACAACUGAUUCUGGAUCUGUGUUUGGAAAGCCUGCAUUUGGUUCAUCACCUCUUGUAUCAAGUUCUACCGAUCCAAAGCCUGCAUUUAGUAGUUUGAACCAAGCAAGUCCGACGUCGCCUUUACCAUCCUCUGAUGACGAAAGCGAAGAUGAACUGAAGAGCGAUACACACCCUUUUUCAACACCUUUUGAUGCCAAAUUCAACGCAUCUGAUAAGUCAAAUAUUAAUUCCGGUGGUUUUGGAAGCUCUUCCUUCGGAUCUAAUUUUUCAAAAGCUUUAAACUCAAUUGAUUCCGACACGCCUUUCAAAUUUGGUACUCAGGCUUCGCCUUUUUCUUCACAGUUGGGAAAUGAAUCACCAUUCAGCUCAUUUAAAAAGGAGAACAUUAAAAGUGAAUCUUUAGAUAAUGGCUCACCUAGUGAAGUUAAUGAUAGUGACCAACACGAAAAUAAUAGUUCAGGGUUAAGCGGUAACGAUUUAACAGAUUCUACCGUUGAACAAACACCCUCUACCAGAUUAACAGAGAUAUCUUCAGACGUGAAUAGCGAAGCUAUUGAGGAAGAAAUACCAAAAUCCUCCAUUGGAAAGUUAACGGAAACUAUUAAAAAAAGCGCUAAUAUUGACAUGAAUAGUUUGAAGAAUCCUGUAUUUGGAAAUCAGGUGAAAGCAAAAUCUGAAUCACCGUUCUCAGCAUUUGCAACAAAUAUCAGUAAACCAAGCUCUACUACGCCUGCUUUCUCGUUUGGCAAUUCUACGAUAAACAAUAGUAAGACAUUUACAACUUUACCUUCUUCUGAAGUGGUAUCUUCUCCGUCAACGGAAGAAAAAGCCAAUAAGGAAACUAGUAAAAAAGAUUCUACAACGUUCAAGAGUGAGGAGAAUCCAUUUUUGCCCAGGAGAGAAGAGAACAGUAAGAAAAAUUCUCAAGAGCAUAGUAGUCAAGAAACUGAAGACACUAGUUUUGUAACAGGAGGAGAAAAAUCAGAUGCAGCUUCCCAACAAAUCUUCGACAUCGCCAAACAGGACCAAACUUUAGCAGCAGAGGAUGUUAAUAUUGACGAAAGAAGCAAAAUGGAAUCCGAAGACAAUCAGCAUGUUGAGGUUGAUAAUCAUAACGAACCUACGGAAAUAAAGGAAACUUUAACGAAUGAUAAAGAGAUCGAACAACGAAGGCAAGAAGUACAACGUAAUGAAGUCAGUUUGGAAAGAGGAGGAGAAAAAGAAGGUUCUUGGCCAGAUAUGGCAGGAAAGGAAAUUGAAGAUGAUCACUCUGUCGAAGAAAUUGCGAGUCAACAUAAUAGUGAAAUUAAAGGAUCUGAUGAUGACAUGUUACUGAACAGUGACCGCGAUGAAAGUAUAUCUGAAUCUUACGAUAGGUUAGAAGAUAUUAAUACUGAUGAGCUGCCCCAUAGUGGGGAAAAUGAUGCGGAAACUUCCGCUGAUUUUGACGUUCAAACAUCAAUAGAAGAAAAUUAUGCAGAAUCUGGUGUACAAACUGAUCUUUCAGAAAGUUGUCAAGAAAACGAAGUUCAAACAGACGCUAUACCUGUAAGACAUCACUAUACACAAACUGUUGAAAAGGAAGCAGUUAAUAGUGGCUUUCAAACGGACCCUGUCGAAACAUGCAAUUUUUCCGUUCAGGCAUUUGAGGAUGAUGAGAACUAUCUAGCUGAACAAUGUAAACCAGAGAAAUUAAAAGAAUAUUACACUGGUGCAAAGGUAUCUGCCAUUCCUUUUGUUUCACAAAAUUCAACUUUAAGACUGAUUGAAAGUACAUUUCAAAUGGUCGAAGCUGAAUUUACUGUCCUGAAGGAAAACAUCCAGAGUAUGGAUAGUUUUUUUACUGAUCAGUCAAAUGUUCCUUUGGAAACACGUACACUUCGAUCUGUUAACAACAUUUACACCUGGAGAAUACCAGAGGCUAAAACUCUAUUAAAUUUUCAAAAAGACAUCAAGUCGGAACAUACACAAGAAACAAAUUCACGUGUUCAAGAUCUGAAAGAAAAAGUUUCAAAUUACAUUAAGAAGGAUAUCACAAAGAUGAGCGAGAAUAUCAUCAAUAUAAAAGAGGAGUACUUAUUUCUAACUCAUUUAAACGGCGCUUCGAGCGAAUACGUUAAAGAUCUCAGUACGCACCAAUUUAGGAUGCAAAAGUCACUACGUCGAAAGUUAUCUAACGUGUCUGCAAAAAUUAAUCAUACCGAAGAAUUGCUGAACAUCUUGAAAUUGUUUUCUGUAAAGUAUAAGAGAUUGGAUGAAAAUCCAUUAGUGACCAAAUUAGCUAAAGAAUCCCUCGCACGUGAUGGUCUAUUACAGGAAAUUAAAUUAUUGCGUGAGGAAGUGAGUAAGUUACAAUUGGAAGAAAAGGAUAAAAAAACUUCAUCAUUGACACCAUCCUCUUCACUUACUAAGGAUAUGAAAGGAUUCAAAAUAGUGGAAGUUGGGCUAGCAAUGAAUACAAAAAAACAAAUUGGCGACUUUUUCAAAAAUUUGAACCUGGCUAAAUAA